UUUGAAAUCGCUUAAGAUGAAUGCUAUAAUAGUAAUCCCAACAACACUGACAAGUCACUCAAACUAGUUCAGUUCACUUUAAAUACGGAAAACUCUCCGAGAAAAUUUCCAAAUUGUACACCGACAAUACAAUUUACAAAACGAACAUCAGUUGAGUUUCGGUCUUGAUUGAUCGUGCCUUGUGCCAUCGACAGGAUCAGCAGGACCUGGUACAGUUACGAGACAGGGAAAUAAACCCACACACUACCAGAAAGUUGUUUCCAGACUUUUCCCCACGUCACGAAAAGUCUCCAGUUCCCCAAUUUCGGUCAAAUACUGUUUUCAAUUUGCUGUUAAUCGAGCACUGUUUCGGAUUAUGUUUCAGUCAUUCGGUUUUGUACAAGGAAAGCAGUCACAGUGUAUUUCUUUUAAUACUUUAUAUUACACAUCUUAAACAGAUUUGGUUGCUCAAUUUGCUUGAAAUAGAAGCGUGACAAAAUUAUCAAAACCUUGUUACCAAAACCAGAAAUCGAGCACGAAACAGCCACGCGACCGCGCACAUCCUAAAUCCCCCGAAAAAUUCCGAUCGAACCAUCCAACCAUCCAUCUGUUUAUUAGUAAUCCUUUCGAAGAGAAAAUGCGCGGAGAACUGAUGCUGCGCGGCGCUGCCCUGGCCAGGAGCAUGAAACUGGGACGUGUUCGGAUCAGUUAUGUGCCCGUGCGCCAUGUCACUGCCGGCUGUGGUGCCGGCGAUGCCCCCAAGGGUGGCAAGGGUCUGGUCGUUGGCCUCUACGAGGAGGAAGCCGGCAAGGGGCCCAGGCUAACGCCCGCCGGCGAGACGGUCAACGAUCGUGUCCAGGGCAAACUAUCAGAGAUGAUCUGCGAGACGAAGCUAACAGGGCGACUGGGUCGCGGAAAGGUCUUCAAUAAUGUGGAUACCGACUUUCGAUCCAUUUGUGUAGUCGGCUUGGGGCUCGAGGGUAUCGCCUUCAAUGAACUGGAGAUGCUGGACGAGGGCAUGGAGAAUGUACGAGUGGCCGCGGGCAUUGGCGCCCGAUCACUGCAGAGCAUUGGUUGCAACGAGGUGCAUGUGGAUAAUAUGGAUUAUCCCGAGCAGGCUGCCGAGGGAUCAGCAUUGGCCAUCUGGCGAUUUGAGGAGAAUUUGGCCAAGAAACAUCGCACCACCAUACCGAAACUGGUGCUCUUCGGUUCACCCGAUAUGGAGUCAUGGACGCGUGGCUUGUUCAAGGCGGAAUCACAAAAUUUGGCAAGAAGACUGGCCGAUGCACCAGCCAAUUGUAUGACACCCACAAUGGUGGCUCAGGCAGCGGUGGAUUCUCUAUGCCCGUGUGGCAUAUCCGUAGAAGUCCGUACCAUGGAGUGGAUCGAGCAGCAACAUCUCAACUCUUUCCUAAUGAUCGCCAAGGGCAGUUGUGAGCCACCCGUAUUUCUGGAGGUUGCCUACUGUGGCACUGCACCCGAGGAUAAGCCCAUUUUGCUGGUCGGGCAGGGCAUUACAUUUAAUUCCGGCGGAAUCAAUCUCCGCCCGUCCAAGGGCAUGGAUGAGUUUCGUGGCGAUCUCACUGGCGCCGCCUGCAUUUUGGCCGCCAUGCGAGCCGCCGCCGCCUUAUCCCUGCCCAUUAAUAUAACGGCGGUGAUUCCGCUAUGCGAGAAUAUGCCCUCGGGAAUGUCCUGCAAGCCCGGCGAUGUGGUUACGUUGCUCAAUGCCAAAUCGAUGGCCGUCAGGAAUAUCAGCCGAACCGGAGUGGUGGUUAUUGCCGAUCCCAUGCUCUAUGGACAGAUGACGUACAAGCCACGUCUAGUCGUGGACGUUGGCUCGAUGUGUAAGGGUGUAAAGAAGGCCGUUGGUGGCGGAGCCACUGGCAUCUGGUCGAAUUCGCAUUACAUCUGGAAGCAAUUCCAAAGGGCUGGCUCCCUCACCGGCGAUCGUCUGUGGCGCUUCCCCCUGUGGCGUUAUUACAAGGAUCGUGUUGCCGAGCAUAAAAGUUUCGAUCUGUUGAACGAUGGCGAUGGCUAUGCGUCAUCCUGUCUGGCAGCCGCUGUCCUUCACGAGCUGGUGCCCUGCAGUGAUUGGGCGCAUCUUGAUACCUAUGGCACUGGUUUGUUGAGUACCUAUGGUCUCGUCCCAUAUCUAACCGCCGGACGGAUGACCGGUAGGCCGACGAGGACGAUAGUGCAGUUCCUUUACCAAAUGGCUUGUCCUGCCGAUACGCCCAAAUAGGAUAAUGAAUCAAUUGAAUCUGGGGAUUAUGUUUAGUUGAUUCCAUAUGACAAUCAGAGGACUUCCCCGGCCCCGGGCGUAUUCAUUUUGGCUUCAAACGUGCAUAGAUAACACGAUGAUGACCAUUUUACUUACAAGAACCAUAAUCUUGUUGAAUGUUUGUGUUUCAAGUUUAUUGACGCGGCCAUACCCCAGGGUUGGAUCAUAGAAGAGAGAGGCAUUUCAAGGCCUAAAAUAUCGUCGAAAUUGCCAACAGAUAAAAUCAUUGUAAAUUAUGUAAAUUAAGACUUUCGGCUGUCUAUAACAGAAUGUAAUAAAUUUUUGGGUAUUUAAAAUCUA